CAUUAGGACCUGGGAAGCGACUGAUCCUCCCAGUUCCUGAAAGUGGGGGUUGGAGGGUGUGUGCAGCUCGUUGCACCUUCCUAUCUAUCCUGCACUCACAGGAGAAACCGCACUCAAGACUCUUCCAUGGGGUUCCUGAAAGUUUAGGAUUACAAGUCUGCAAAGGGGGUCCCCUUAAGGAUGCAGUGAUGUGGAGGUGACCAGGCGGAGGUGUCUAUAAUGUAUCUGAACCCCAGGUAAUGACCUUCAGCUUACACAGGAGAUGUAAUCCAGGACUUAAUACAGCCAUUAACGCCUGUGGUUGGAGAAAGCAGUGACCAUGGCACGGUCAAAAUCUAAUGGAUCCCAUUAUGCCCUUACUGCCAUUGGAGUGGGCCUACUGGUGCUUGGCGUGGUGAUGGCGGUAUGGAACCUUGUCCCGGGUUUUGGAAGCAAUGACAACCCUAACCCAUCCCAGGGUAAUGCCAGCACCCCAGAGAACAAUAUGGACACUAAUCUGAAGAGUAAGACCUUCUCUGUAGCCUACGUGCUGGUGGGAUCCGGCAUUGCUCUGCUGUUAUUGGCUAUCUGCUUAAGCAUACGCAACAGGCGCAAGCGUCGUCUGAGUAUGGAGGAUGCGCAGGUCGUCCAGCAAGGAGCAAACCGUCAACCGAUUGAUGAGAAUGACGAAGAGGUGGACGUCCCCCACUACUCUGCCCCCAGCUAUGAGGAGGUGAUGAGGAUCGGGUACGGUGCCCCCGACACCACAGAGACGGACCAACAUGAGGGGAUGGUGGUUUCCCUCCCCUCCUACGAAUCCCUGACUGAACUGGAUGAGGCCACCCCAACCAGGCCCAAUGCCCCUGCAGCGAAACAGGAGCAACCGCAGAGGACAAACUCUCGGGCAGCAAAAGAGAAAAAGCCCUUGAACAUUAGAAGAAUCAAGUCCGACAAACUUCAUUUGAAAGAAUUCAGACUAAACCUGUCGGGUCAGACAAAAAUAGCGGAGACCCAAAAGAUUGAGCCUAUUACCCCACCCCCACAAUAUGAAGAUAAGCACAUUGGUUCUGAGCAGCCUGUAUAGAGGCCAUUGUUGCUGUGAAAACAUUGUACAUGGUUUUUUUUGUUAGUUUUUUUUCUUUUUCUAUUAUGAUAUAUAAAGAAAUCUAUUUUUUUUUUUAUUCCCUUCUUUGACUAUAUUCCACACAUUUUGUAAGUGACAUGC